AUGCCGACAACCAACCCCCAAUUCGAGCUUCCGGCCUUCAAGCCCAUCAACUUCUCCCUCACAGAUGGCACCGACAUCCCACCUCCGAUCGAGUCACCCGUCGAGGAGAAACCCCCACCGCCCGUCGCAAAACCUCAAUUGACAGCAAACACCAGUCUUGCCGCCGCCAAUGGUUCAAUGCCACCUCCACCAGCUCCGGGGGCGAAUGGCGCAGCGAAGACGGAAAACAUCCGAACGAGUGUUAGCGGUACGGAAGCACCUCCAUUAAGUCCAAUCUCUCAGUUCUCUCAAAAGAAGCCCGGCAGUAUCCGAAAAUUUCUCUCGAGAAAAUCGCUGAACCAGAACUAUAUAGACGGGCAGAAUGGAUCCUUCGAGGAUUUACAUGGGAUCAAGAGGCCGGAGAGCGCUCUGAGUACCAUGACGGCGGAUCGAUCAGGUGUGAAGGCCAAAAGGAGCAGCGGUUGGUUCAGGAGGUUUUCCAGUACUCCAGCACAGAAAACGGCACAGAAAACGGUGGUGCCACAACCGCAACAACCACUUCCUACGCCAGAGAGAAAGCCAGUUCCAAGAGGACCACCGCCACCCAGGCUUCCCGAAUUGAACCAAUUGAAGUCGCAGAUACCCGAAGAUGACGAGGGAAGUUUGGGAGCCGAGGACAUGUUCAAAAAUAUCAGAUAA